CUUCUGCAGAUGUCGUGGAGAUGGUGUUGCUUCUCCUCGCUUACUUUGGUGAAAAGGAGGAGGCCAUGUUUUGCCAUGUUGACGAGACCUGUCUGGCUGAAGAAGUGGACUUUUCCAAUGUUGCCUUAACUCCCACGAUAGUUGUAUGUGGACAGUCCUGUUUUUCCUCCCGACGGAUGAUGCUCAGCCUUGAUCGGGUCAUCGUGAAUGACCAGAUGACCUCUUUCAUCCAAUCGCUGUGCAUGAUGUUUGGCAGUUAUUACUGUUUUAAUAUUCAUUACCCAUCACAGCUCGCAUCCACCCUGGAGUUUCUUCAGAGCGGGGGCAUGGUCAAGCACCGGUCUGUGACAGGAGGGCGGAGUCAGGGAAGUAUUGAACCGUUACAGUGGUGCCGAAACCCGGGAUCCAGAGUGGAGCACCAACCGAUCAGCCCCAUGGAGUCCUCCCCGUUUGCCGACCUGGUCCACGCCCUCACCACGGCCCAGCAAAGCCAGCACCAGGCGCUCGUCACACUCCGGAAGGAACAAGAGCGGCGCUUCGAAGCCCUGGUGCUGGCCCAGCAGGAAGACCGCGAGGCGUUCCGGCACCUCCUCGCAUCGGCGGGGUCCACCAGCGCUCCGGCCGCGGGCCUGUCUCCCCUCACUGUCACCAAGAUGGGCCCGCAGGACGACCCCGAGGCGUUCAUCACGAUAUUUGAACAGGUCGCAGAAGCCUCGGGGUGGCCGAUGGAGCAGCGCGUGGCGCGCCUCCUCCCCCUGCUAACGGGAGAGGCACAGCUGGCUGCGCUACAGCUCCCCGCCGACAGCCGGCUGGCCUACGCGGACCUCCGCCGGGCCGUCCUCCAGCGCGUGGGGCGCACGCCAGAGCAGCAGCGCCAGCGUUUCCGCGCUCUGCGCUUGGAGGAGGUCGGCCGGCCGUUCGCGUUCGGCCAGCAGCUCCGGGACGCCUGCUGGCGGUGGCUGAGGGCCGACGAUCGCGACGCCGAGGGGAUCAUCGACCAGGUGGUGCUGGAACAGUUCAUCGCUCGCUUACCAGCAGGAACCGCAGAGUGGGUCCAGUGCCACCGCCCGGCGUCGCUGGAUCAGGUAGUCGAGCAGGUGGAGGAUCAUCUAGCGGCUGUUCCGGCGGCAGGACAGCAGAUGGUGGCUACUCUUCUCUCCUCUUCUUUCUCUCUCUCCCCCUCAUUCUGUGUCCCGUCCUCGCCCCAUUCCCCCACCGCGGAGACGGGGGCUGGCACCACCCCAGUCGGCCCGCUGCACCCGCGGUGCCCUCCUGUUUCUCCCUUCUGUGUCUUAAUUAAGUAAACUGAAAGCUAAAAAAAAUUAAUUGUAAUAUUCAGGCCACAUGUUGUACAAGUGUAAAUAAUUAUUAUUUUUCAGUGAGACUAAAUGCAGUGUG